AGGGGCUACAAUGCUUCUUCAUCCGCAGUGAGAUUCUACUUCGCCAACACAUACCUAUACACACAUUUCUUUUCUUCCUCCUUUCUUCGUAGCGCCAUCUGCCGGAGCGUUCCCAGACGUGCAAAGCCUCUCCCUCUCCCUCCUCCCUUCCUGUUUUCUGACGGACAGCCAAGCGAAUCGUUCUCUUCGCUCUGGAUACUACUUCCUUCUCUCAACGUGCAGACUGCCACUACCCCUUCUAUCCUGCCUUUUCGAGUACCCCUCCCGCCAGACCACGUUUCCCCGCUACAACACACAAGAAGUAUAAGAAGAACAAAACAUGCGUCGCUUCCUCGUCCCCCGCUCUUUCGUUGCGAGUGUAGCCGCCCUGACUGCGCGGGCAUCACAGACCACGCAGCCUGGUGCUACCACGGCCGCCACCGCACCUACCACCGCCUCGCCUCCUCGCGCGACGGCAAAACCGACGGUAAUCGCCUACGACUUCCCGCGUGACAUCCUCGAAGACCGUCUCUGGAAGACGCACCAGGCCGGUCGCCACAUCACCGUCUACGUGGACUCGGGACGCAUUGCGUGGAUCGUCAUGAACCGGGCCGAGUCAAGCGCCAACGCCCUCGGGGAGGAGUUUAUGAAGGACCUGAACACAGCCCUGGACAUCGUCGAGUCCCUCGUGGCGAAGAAUGAGGCCCAAUUCGCCAUCCUCGCCAGCGCCAAGUCCACCUUCUGCGUCGGCGCGGAUAUUGAUCAGAUGUACCCGGUGACGGACCCCACCGUGGCGGAGGCGGUGAUCAAGUCCGGGCAAACCCUUUUCAAUCGGAUUGAAGGCGAGCCGUUCCCUGUUGUGGCGGCCAUUAACGGACUCGCCCUCGGCGGUGGCUUUGAGCUCGCCUUGGCCUGCCAUCAGCGCCUGAUGGCCUCCGGUGCGAAGGUUAGCUUCCCGGAGUGCAUGUUGGGUCUUCUCCCGGGCGCUGGGGGCACCGUGCGUACGCACCGACUGUGCGGACUAACGAAGACGGUGCAGUGGAUCAUGACGUCGAAGCAGGUCAAGGCAGGCGAGGCGAAGGCCGCCGGCGCCUGCGAUGUCGUCAUCCCCUCCGAGGACCGGUGGAAGGGUGAGCACCGCUUCUACGAGGGCGUGCGCAAGUGGGCGGGACAGAACCUCUCGGACAAACCCGCCAAGCCCACGAAGCGCAAGCACAUCAGCCUGAUCGACCGCGUGAUGGAGGGCACCUUCUUUGGGCGGCGCAUGGUAGCCAACCAGACAAUCAAGAUGUUGAACAAGAAGACGAAGGGCAAGUUCAUUGCGCCGUACAAGGCGCUCGAGUGCAUCAUGUACUCCGCCACGCACAGCAACGCGCAGAGCUUUGACAAGGAGUGCCGCAGCUUGGCGGAGCUUCUCUGCAGUCCAGAGGCGAAGAACCAGAUGGCGCUGUACUUUCUUCAGGAGGGCAUGAAGAACGUGGAGAAGACAGGCGUGCCGAAGGACAAAAUCAAAGAGGUCCGCCGCGUCGGCGUCAUCGGUGCUGGCGUGAUGGGCGCCGGCAUCGUGCACUACUUCGCUAACAAGGACAUCCCCGUUGCGGUGAAGGAUCUCAGCGAGGAGGCGGUGGCGAAGGGAAUCGGGCGUGUGCGGGCCGAGUUCGAAGGCGCGGUGAAGCGCAAACGAAUGGACGUAAACGGGCUCGAGAAGAAGAUGACCCUUGUCACGGGCGGCACCACGGAUGAGGUCUUCCGCAACGUGGACGUGAUCGUGGAGGCGGCGGUGGAGGUGAUGAGCAUCAAGAAGAAGGUGAUCGAGCAGCUUGAGAAGGACGGCAUCCUCAACGAGAAGAACCUCUUCGCCACCAACACGUCGUCGCUCAGCCUGACGGAGAUGCAGGCGGCUGCCCGCUACCCGCAGAACAUCGUCGGCAUGCACUUUUUCAACCCUGUCGCAAAGAUGCCGUUGGUGGAGGUGAUUAAAGGCAAGGCGACGUCAGCGGAAGCCGCGGCGACCAUAUAUAAUCUGGCGCUCAAGACCGGCAAGACGCCCAUCAUCGUCAACGACGGCCCCGGCUUCUUGGUCAACCGCAUCCUCGGCGCGUACAUGGCCGAGGCGGGGCGUCUGGCAGCCGAGGAGCACUGUCACCCCUCAAGGGUAGACGCGGCGCUCGUGGCUUUUGGGAUGCCGAUGGGUCCGUUCCGGCUGCUCGAUGAAGUCGGUCUGGACGUCUCGUGCCACGUCGGACCAGUGCUCUCGCAGGGCCUGAAGAGCAACCGCUUCGAGGUGACCCCGGCGGUGUCGCACAUGGUGAAGGACGGCUACCUCGGCCGUAAGAACGGCAAAGGCUUCUACAACUACGAUGAGAAGGGCAAGGAGACGGGGAUGAACAGAAGCGCUUUGACUACGUACCUCGGCGGCGAUCUCAAGGCCACCAUCGGCGAGACGGAGAUUGUGGACCGCUGCGUCUUGCUGAUGGUAAACGAGGCGACGCACGUGCUGCACGAGGGCAUUGCGCUGUCGCCCGAGGACGUGGACACCGGCAUGGUCUGGGGCACGGGGUUCCCCGCCUAUCGAGGAGGGCUAAUGCAGUACGCCGACCACCGCGGUCUUGCCAACGUCGUGGCCGCGCUGGAACAGCUGCAGCGCAAGACAAAGAAAGACUACUUUGCACCCACCGCGACGCUGCGGAAGAUGGCGGCGGAAGGCAAGCGCUUCUUCCCGAAGCGGCCUUACGUGCCUUACCAGGAGCGCCACGGUUUCCCAAAGGUGGCCUACUAA